UUACAAAGAUGGCGGCAGAUUUGACUGUGAAAAAUGUUGUACUUUUACAGGCACACAUGCGUGGGUUUCUUGUGCGAAAGAAGUUACUCGAAGUCCGAAGAGAAUUUGAAGAAAUUUUGAAUGAGCUGGAAAAUGACACCUACUUUGUCUGGUGGAAGACACAAGCUCCAGGGCUUCCGUUGAUGAGUGCGGACCCUAAAAGACUGGUAAACGCAAGAGAGAAAAAUAAUUCAGUUUUUGACGGAGACAGAGACAAUGAAUCUAAUCGAACAUAUUCAGUCACAGAUGGAUUUGGUUCACAUGUGAACGGCGAGGGUGAUCCUCUACUAGAAAACCCUGUUCUUCAAGAUUCAAGCUUUGAAGGGCUUGGUUCAGCGUCAGAGACGUAUGUAAAGAGAAGUACUGCUGAGGGUAAAACGAUGGUAGAUGUGAAUUCUAGACACAGAGAACAUGAUAACGGUGAAAGGUGUAAAGUUGAUGGAGGACCACCUCUGGAAAGGCCUAUUUCUGGUGCGUCAAACUCUGAAAGUGUUAACUUCAGUAGAGGGUUGCAUAGUAAUCAUGCAUUUGAUUUGCAAAAUGGAACAACUUCCUCACAGGUGGACAAGCCAGAGAUGGGAACUUCAUUGUCUGAGGAACAAAAUCUGGAAAGGCAGAAAUUAGUAAUUCCAAAUGCGGAACAAACAUUUCAACAUGGUGGUCGAGUUGAAAGAUCUCACCAUAUCAGAGAGUCACACUUCCCCCUUAACAGUACAAUUAACCCUGGUUCACAGGAUGAGCAAGAAGUAAGGAGGCCCUUUAGAACGCCUGACAGUGAAUCAGACACAUCCUUUCAGGCUUAUGUACCUAGGACACCACGUCUGCGGGAACAAGUCCUUCUUAGUGACACUUGGUUGACUGAUAAAUCAUUUGAAACAGGACCUGACAAAGUGUUAUCACAUGACCUCCCUACUGAUCCUGUCAAACUU